UGGUCUGAAUCUGAAAAAUUUAUGGUUGUUGUUGGCCAUAAAUCUCUUUAUCUCAUGCUGAUUCCCUUCUUUUAUUUCCGUUGAGAAAAUCAAUCAAAAUGAACACCACCACCUUGCCUUCAACGUCUUUCUGCAACUACUACCAAAUUCCAAGGUUUCGUUUCACCUCUUCAACCUUCAGAAACGUUUCUUUCCCUUCCUGUACUGCUUUUCGAAGCAGAAGUAUAAGAUUACAUGCCAGGAGUUCCAAUGAAUUAGACGCACAGCCACAGACCCUGCAGAAGGAGGAUGAACCCAAACAAGAGUUAGAACCAGAACCCAGUGAAGCAGCCAAGCUCUCCACUCCACUCACUGCUGCCCCACUAGACAAAGACCUUAAAAAGGUUGUUCAAAAGACUGCUGCAACAUUUGCACCCAGGGCCUCAACAGCUUCCAAAAAUCCUGCUGUACCAGGAACUGUGCUGUACACUGUUUUUGAAGUUCAAGGCUAUGUUUCAAUGUUGUUUGGUGGAGUUUUGUCUUUUAAUCUCAUUUUCCCAUCAAAUGAACCAGACAUAUGGAGAUUAAUGGGAAUGUGGUCCAUUUGGAUGUUCACAAUUCCUUCAUUGCGGGCUCGAGACUGUUCCAAAAACGAGAAGGAAGCUCUAAACUAUCUCUUUCUACUAAUUCCGUUACUUAAUGUAAUAAUUCCAUUCUUUUGGAAAUCCUUUGCUGUCGUCUGGUCUGCAGAUACCAUAGCUUUCUUUGGAAUGUAUGCAUGGAAGUUAGGAUGGCUACAGACAAGGGACUAGGAUGUCCAAUACUGUUGGCUUUCUUCUUCAAAUUGAUCAUUAUGCUCGUAGCUUUCUAAAAAUGUCCAUAAUUUCCUCCCAAAGAAGCUCGAAGCAGCACCACCUGCCUUACCACACAUGACAGAGAUACCUUCCUUUCCAUGGAGCUAAUAUAAGAUGGAUAAUUGUACCAAACAGAGCUUGAGAAAGUUAUAAGAUUAUAAACUGUUACGUAAA